UCUGGGGGUUCUGGCUGCGACUACAGCCUUUGUGCUGUCCCACGCUUUAAAGCCCACUGGAGCAUGAAUGCUGCUAUGUGUAAUACAGAAAAAACCUCUGGCUGGGAUUAGUCAUUUUUGGCUCUUGAAACUGCCUUGCAGCCCUCUGAACUGGCACUGCAGAGGGGCUGCAUGCACUCCUCUGUAGAGCUCCAGUGCAUACCAAAAUACGUAUGAUGGUUGUGGGUACCCCUGUCCACAGCACCCACAGGCUGCUCCUGCCAAUGCACAUGGCCUCCUGCCUGCUACCCCACAUGGGCCCUGGCUGCUUGCUUCAUUGUUGUAGAGGAAUCAUAGAGCAGCUGGAAAAUACUUCCUGCCCAUUCCGUGUUACUGGCUUAUGUCACGAAGAUGGUACACUUUGCAUUAGAUGAGCCUGAAAGCUUCAAGGGCUAUUUGCUUGGGGCACCUAGGGAAGAAGGGGCCAAAGACCACUUGCUUUUUGGAGAUAUGGGCCUUUUCUCACCCCAAAGUAGAAGUUUAAACCUAUAGAAACCUGUUGUAAUAGGGACUUUUUGAUCAGUCAUUCAAACUACAUCAAGACAAUUCAGUCUAUUGCAAAUAAAAGGAAUAAAGAAUAAAAAGAGAAAAACUGAGAGCAGGUUAUUUCUGUCUGCCAUGUUAGAGCAGAGGUUGGCACCAGGUCCCAGCAACCUCCCUCUUACAGUGUCCAGAGAAGGAAACAGUGAAGCUGUGGGGAAGAUCUGUCAGGACUUGUCAUGACCAAGACUCCUGCUGUGCUCUUGUCCCCUUCCCCAGCAGUUGCUGGCAGUGCAGCUGAGAUGGAAGGACAGAUAAAUGUAGAGCUGAGAAACCAAAACCAGAUGGAUCAGGAAAGGAAGCCUGCAGAGAAUGAGGGGAAGAGCUGGCAAAAAGGGCAGGUUAGGAACACGCUGCACCUUGUGUCUGCGACUGCUCAGUGGAUUUUACUGCUUGCCUGCUUGAUUUACCUUGCUAUAGGUUCUCUGCAACCCUCAACGCCUUGGAGUAGCCUUCACUUGGAAAAACUGCCGUGGACCCAUAUCCGGUACACAGGAGAAAGCAUCAAAGGAGUAGCCAUGAAUUUCACUCCUUAUGCAGGCACUAUUCAGAUCAAAAAUGGUUCCAUCAUGAUCAGCUGUGAUGGCCUCUACUUAGUGUCCUUGAAGGGCUUUAUCUUUUUUGCUGACUUGGAAGAGGGGGACUUGUGGAAGCUAACACUGCAGAAGACAAACAAGGAAACCAGCAGGCCCCUCUGGGAGCAAACAGUACAGGAAAGGGACAAUGAAAUAAAUCUCACCAUGGUGCUCUUCUUGUUUGAGAAGGAUUACAUCACCCUGUGGACCAAUUCCAGUGCCAACAUUACGGGUUUGUCGUUUAGCCUUGUGUUACAAAGUCCCUUCAAUUGCUCUCAUCUUCAGUCAUAGAAGAUGAGAAGAUAUGAAAUGUAACAUGUAAAGUACAGCGUUUCCUACCAAUCUAUUUGCCUGUGGGAGGUUUGCUCUCACUGGCUCUACUUGUACAGGCAGACAGCUCUAGCCUCCCUCCUUACGGCUGCAGAAAGCCUCAGCUGGAGUGCAGAUAAAUCACAGUGCGAACGGGGUUUAUACAGUGCAUGCUGUGCUCGUCUCUUUGGAGCAAUGUGCAGCUGUUUUGCUACCCAGGAUGGAUCUUUCUAGCUCUGGAGAAAUGACUAUGCAGAGCCCUUGAGGAGAACAGAAAUGAAAGCUGAAGAAAGUCACCUAAGCUUAGCUCAUAUUCAGAGAAACCCCGUGUUUCUGUUUACCUGACAGUAUCUGUAUAUAGUACAAAAUCACUGUACAUUUGCUAAAAUAAAAGGCUGGUAAAUCAGGAAGAUA